AAUCGCUCUUCAUUCUCCUUUUCGACAUAAUCUUCCUCUUCAACAUUACAUUUCCAGUUAACAGAUAUGUCGACCUUUCCACAGCCCUUCACAUCCACAGUCUCUCACUGGCAAGCUACCAAUCGCGGCCCAGACUCUUUCUUCGGACAUAACAAAGACAAGGCUCUUCCUAGUGAGGUGAUAGACUAUGUCGUGGUGGGGGCUGGUAUGGCUGGGGCAUCUACGGCUUAUCAUCUCACUCGUGAAGUUAUCACUCCUGGCAAGACUACUGUUGUGCUAGAAGCCAAAGAUGUCGCCUCCGGAGCCACGGGCCGAAACGGUGGUCACUGUGCUCCUUACUCUUUCUCCGCCCUCCCCGAAUUGACCAAGCCGCUAUCCGAAGGAGGUGGCGGUCUCAGCAUCGACGAUGCGCUGGAUGUGCUUGAUUUAGAGAGAAGGGUGUUGUUGUGGGUUGAAGAGACGGUGCAUAGGGAAGGAUGGGAGAUUGAUCUCUGGAAAGGUGAAAAGGUUGAAGUGAGACUGACUCAAACCCAAGCUCAGAGGAUGGAUGUCCUGUACAAGAAGUGGGCAGAAGCAAGGAACAAGAGCGAAAAGUACAAGGAUAUCCCUCUCGAAUGGUCUUGGACAUGGGACGAAAAGAAAGCCCAAGCAGAUACAAGGUUCAAGGGCGCUGUAGCAUACUCCAAAGGUCCUGCCGGCUCCAUCCAUCCCCACAAACUCGCAAGCGCCUUCUUGCGCUCUGCGCUCAAAUCCGGCCAGGCCGAGCUCUACUCAUGGGCCCCGGUACAAGGAAUACAGAAGGUCGACGGCGCAGCGACGGUCGAAAAACAGAGUGAGAAUGGCUUGUGGGAGGUGAAUCUGGGGAAAAGAGGGAAGUUGAGGGCGAGGAAUGUGGUGAUCUGCACCAAUGCCUAUACACCAGGGCUGUUGAAGGGGACCGACAUUGAACGAUUUUUGACCCCAUUCCAAGGCCAAGCCGCCAACGUCACCCCUCCCCCCACCUACUCGGGCUCAUCCUCUCUCGCAUACACAUACACUUCUGAGAACGGAACUUAUCUCAUUUCCACCCCUCAUGCCGGGAUUGUGCUCGGCCUCACAUCGGACAAUGCGAUCAAGCAGGGGGUCAUGGACAAGAAGGAGAUCUAUGGGAACUGGAAUGAUAGUUAUGUGCAGCCUGCUGCCGAGAAAUGUGGGUUGUUGGUGGAGAAUCUGGCAAGUGGUACGAGGCGCUGAUCAUGAGAAGGGCUUGGAGAGUUCUGCAAGAAGAACUUUGAAGGAUGGGGCGAAGAAGCUGUAGGAGAGGGGCGUAUACGUGCUUGGACAGGCAUUCAAUGUGCUACCCAAGAUACGCUUCCUCUCAUCGGAAGCGUUCCUCUCCAGCAGCUGCAGGAUGAGAAAAAGGGUAAUGAAGGGCUUUAUGUCGCUGCCGGGUUCCAAGGACACGGCAUGGCCCGCAUAGUUCUCUCCACCAAAUACCUCGCGGAAUACAUCACCACCGGUCAAUGGAAUGACGGUCUUCCGAGCUCUUUCAUCAUCACGCAAGAGAGACUUGAGAGAGGAAACAAGGCGCCGCCAUAUAUCACGCCUGGGGAGAAGAUCGGUGGGGUCAGGGGAUGGGUGGUGGGUGUGGUGGAUGGGGUCAAGUCCGUACAACGAUGAGCUUUGCGACUGCGUAUGCCUCAAAGAUUCCCUCUCAUUUCUGUAAACGA